GAACUCCUUGGCAGAGGCUUAUCCUUCAGCAGAAAGUAUGCCAGCAGCAUGGCCAUCAAUAUUUGGCUCUAAAAAUACCCAGCUAAAGGAGGAUAGCGCUGAACUAGUUAAUAGCGACCAACAACAACACCCGAAUGUCAUUCAAGGAAGAGAUGUCAAUGAGUUGGGUGAGCAGAAUCCUGACGGCCCAAUGAGCAUGGGCGACAUGCAAGACGUCAUGUACUUCAAGUUUGUCAUGGGCAGGCCAAUUCUCAACUUUAUUCUCGCUGUGUUAUGGAGCAUUGGACUUCCUAUCUUGUUAUACCACCUUCUAAGGCCAAGAAUUGGUCAAAUUGCAGGUAUGAUUGUGGCCUCUUUACCGCCUUUAGCGAUUGUCGUUUGGAGAAUGUGGAAAACGAGGACACCAGACCCUUUAGGAUUUGUAAUGGGCGUUAGCUUCUUCAUUUCUGGUCUAUUGUCUAUCGCGCAACCUGAUGAACGCUGGCAGUUACUAGGAGACUCUAUCACACCACUGCUUGUUGGACUGUUUUGCCUAGUGUCUCUUCUACCCUUUCAAUACGGGCGACAUCAUCUACGUCCACUAACAUUUCAGAUAGCCCAACAAGUAAUGCCACGAGAUGGAUACGACGAAGAAGAGACCACUCAAAACGAGAGACAAACGUUUCCAGAAUAUGAUAAUCAGACCCCACACCAUAAAAGCAAAAAGGCAAAGCUCAUGUACCUAUACCAUAACAUACCUUCCUUUCGACGUGAUAUGCGGGUGUUGACAGCUGUCUGGGGAGUUACACUCAUGUUGAACUUUGUAGUGAAAAUCUGCUUAAUCACCAGUCCAGCUACGACAGAUCAAGUUCGUAAUUGGGGAUAUGCCGAAUUGGGUAUUGUCACGCUCGCUACCGCCAUCUUUUCUUUUGUAUACACAAGAUUAGUAUCAAUGAAAGGCAUUCAAGAAUUUUUGUCCAGAAGAACAGGAAUCUCCUCCGAAGCUAUCGGUAGAAGUGGAAAUUUUGCUGAAACAACCAACAGGAAUACUCAAGGGUUCAGCAACGUUUAUGGCCAGGUUAUGGGAUAAACCUAACGAAAUUGAUCCAUAUUCUGUGACAUAUGAUGCGUACAGGUUACGGUGGCUGGCCAUUAGUCACUAUAUUACGACGGUGAUUGUAUCACGAUCUUUAUACAGUUAAUAACUCCUUAUGUCUAAUUGGAAAUAGCAUUAAGUUCAAAUUUUAUGAUCGAUGU